AGGCCGCCAUAUUUGUUUACGGAUGUGACGUAACGCAGGAGAUAUUUAUUUUUAGACGGUUCUAGCUGGUCACCAAGGUAAACUACUACCAGUCCGUGUUGACAAUAAUACGUUGAUUGACACCAUCCACUUAGCCAAAAGAAAAAAAAUGACAGCUACACAGGAAUACAGAUUAAUAUUUUGAUAAAUCCAGAUGCUUCUAAUAGAUAACAUGGCUACAAAGAAAAGCAGUAACCGACGACCAGACAGCAGUCGUAGUCCGAAAAGUAAAACAACAGUUUCUUUAUCUCAACAUGCAGAAGUUGUUAAAGACAACAGUCAUCUUAAGAAAACCAUUGAUAUGCUUAAAGCUGAAAAUCAAGCAAUGAAACACAAGUUAGACAGAGUGAUAGAAAGAUUAGUUAGUAAUGUGGAUGAAGACGAUUAUGAUUUUAGUUCUUGUGUCAGUUAUUUAGAUAUUUCCUUGGAAGAUAUGCUAGCCAUGAUAUCUGACAUAACUUCCACAAAAGAUUCAGAUCGACAAGAACAUUAUUUGGAGACCAGAAUUGAAGAGGUUGAGACUAGAAUUACACAAAUCAGUACUGAAUUUGCUAAAUUAGUGCAGCUCAAGCUUCGCAUGGAAAAUGGAUUAAAUGAAAUAAAAAGCUGUCAAAGAAUUGAUGAGAUAAAACAAAUAGCUGCAUCAUUGUCUUAUGAUUCAGCCAGAACACAGAUAUUUAUUCAGCCUAUUGCAGAAAAAGCUAAGAAACCAAAAAAUAAAAUGAAACUACUGUCUGAUGAGGUACAAGGGGAAAAUAUUCAAAUACAAAUACCGACAUCUGAUUCUAGACCAACUAGUGCAAAUGGUAUACCAAUGUCUGUAGCUUGUAAUUUAGAAGUAGUGGAAAUUCCAAAGGCUGAUGUAAAAUUACCUGGUGAUACUCAUAUUAAGGAUAUGAUACCAGAAUUGAAACAGUUAAUAAUACAAGAACUUAGUCUAUAUAAGGGCAAUGGUGGUGACUGGCGGAUGUUUGCUGAAAGAGUAGGUAUACCAAAUCAACUUAUAGACCAAUGGAAAAUCAUGAAAAUUAGUCAACCUAUGAAAAACGUCUUAUUUGUUUGGAGUGACAGUCCUGGUGCAACUGUUCGAUUGUUACAUCGACAUUUAGUUUCACCCCAAUUGAAGUGUAUUUUAUUGGCUAAAAGAAUUACCAACUAUUAUACUGUGGACUGAAUUACUUAAAAAGUUUCAUAAAUGUAUUAAUAUUAAAUGCAUUGCAGUGAACUGGUCUUAAAUUAUAUGCAAUAUGUUUUAAAAUGUGGACUUAAAGAAUUUGUCACAUAUCGUCGGUGAAGUGUCAAAAGGGUGUAUCUCGGGGAAUUAGUCAAAUACACUUUUUUGCAUUUUUAAAAUCUCCCAAUUAAUAUGCUCAUUUCUGUCUAAGCUGUGUAUCAUGUGUCCAAAUGUUGUAUCUUUAUUUGUGGAAAUUUUGAAAUGCAAAAGGUUCUAUUUCUUAAUCUUUAGAAAUUCUUAGAUACACCCUUUUGACACUUCACCGACGAUAUAUUGUUUUGUUUAUUUUCCCAGUGAUAGUACUAGCAACAUUUCUAAAUAUUCCACAGUAGAUAGAUAUAGUGCUAAUAGGUAUGCUUUUGUAACAUAUUAAUGCAAAUCUACCUAUGUUUAAUUAUUAUCUUCAUUCCACUAUAAAAGUGAUCAGAAUUGCAGAAAUACUUCAUUUGAUUUUUACCUUGUAUUCAGCUAACCCCUAGCUAUUUAUAUCAACCUUACCUCUCCAAAACUUACUCCUUUUACACAGUAUUUUUUAUACUUUUUGUGCUUUUCAUAUUCUUUAUUUUUGAGAAUUUAUUCCUAAUCUAUUUUCUUGCCAAAAUACAUAAAGACCAUUUAUUACCUCUGAAAUAUUAUUUCCUUUUUCCCUAAUCUCUAUCCAUUUUCCUUAUUAAUUCUUUAUGUAAUGAAGAAUAUCAUAUUUUAUUUUUUUUUACAAAUCUUUUCCUUCCUUAUGUCUGUAUAUGUAUGUGUUUAAAACAAUACAGCUAUUAUUUUACAACUAUAUAAUGUUAACAUGUUUUUAAAAAUAUUAUUUUUUUUAUGUUCCAUAAUUGAGUCACUGAUCAUGAAAAAUAUUGAUUUAGAAAAACUAUUCGUAUAUCAAACUGUAAACUAACAU